ACAAACUGACCACACCUCCUUAGAAGAAGUCCGGCUAGGCUAUUCAAUCAACGUUGAAGCACCGGGUGAAAGUUUUUACAUUGAUAGAAAACAGCAUAUAAUACCGACAAUUAAAUGAAUCCUCUUUAGAUUCAUAAGUAUGAUACUACGUUUGAGUUUCACCUGAGCUCGUGACACUCCUUGCUUAGCUCCUCAAGCUUUCCGUGUAAGGUGGAUUUCUCAAUUUUCUCAAUCAGGAAGUAAUAUCAAGUUAAAAUGGGGAGUAAGGAACGCUACCACUGGCAGACCCAGAAUGUUAAGAUCAGCGGGGUGGACGACAUGGUCCUGCUCUCCAAGAUCAACGAGGAUGCCAUCACUGACAACCUCAAGAAGAGAUACAUGGACGACUACAUCUUUACCUACAUAGGGUCGGUGCUGAUCUCUGUCAACCCCUUUAAACAGCUGCCCUACUUCACGGACAGAGAGGUGGAGCUCUACCAGGGAGCUGCCCAGUAUGAGAACCCCCCUCACAUUUACGCCCUGGCUGACAACAUGUACCGCAACAUGAUGAUCGACUGUGAGAACCAGUGUGUCAUCAUCAGUGGGGAGAGUGGAGCAGGAAAGACCGUAGCAGCUAAAUACAUAAUGGGUUACAUCUCCAAGGUGUCGGGCGGAGGUCCCAAGGUCCAGCACGUAAAAGACAUCAUCCUCCAAUCCAACCCUCUCCUGGAGGCCUUUGGGAAUGCCAAGACUGUGCGCAACAAUAACUCUAGUCGCUUUGGGAAGUACUUUGAGAUCCAGUUCAGCCGUGGAGGAGAGCCAGACGGAGGGAAGAUCUCCAACUUCCUGUUGGAGAAGUCCAGGGUGGUGUCACAGAACCAGGGAGAGAGGAACUUCCACAUCUACUACCAGCUCCUGGGGGGCGCCACUAAAGAGAUGAGGGAGAACCUUGGUGUCACCACACCUGAUUACUACCUCUACCUGAACCAGUCUGGCACCUACACCGUGGAGGAUGUCAACGAUAAGAAGGAAUUCUCUGACACCAUGGAGGCCAUGUCAGUGGUGGGCCUGUCUGUAGAUGAUCAGGAUAUGGUGAUGCAGAUCGUAGCAGGCAUCCUGCAUCUGGGUAAUAUCGCCUUCAGAGAGGAGGGAAACUACGCUGUGGUGGAGAGUGAGGACUUCCUGGCGUUCCCGACCUACCUGUUGGGAAUCUCCCAGGAGGGUCUGAAAAACAAGCUGACCAGCCGGAUCAUGGACAGCAAGUGGGGAGGCAAGACGGAGAGCAUCGCUGUCACCCUGAACACAGAGCAGGCCUCCUUCACACGGGACGCCCUCUCCAAAGCCCUCUACUCACGCCUGUUUGACUUUCUUGUGGAUUCUGUCAACAAAGCCAUACAGAAAGACCAUGAGGAAUUCAACAUCGGGGUGCUGGACAUCUAUGGCUUUGAAAUCUUCCAGAAAAACGGCUUUGAGCAGUUCUGCAUCAACUUUGUGAAUGAGAAACUGCAGCAGAUUUUCAUUGAGCUCACGUUAAAAGCUGAGCAGGAGGAGUAUGUGCAGGAAGGGAUCAAGUGGACGCCAAUCGAGUACUUUAACAACAAAAUCGUGUGUGACCUCAUUGAGUCAAAACUGAACCCCCCAGGCAUCAUGAGUAUCUUGGACGAUGUGUGUGCCACCAUGCAUGCUAAGGGGGAGGGCGCAGACCAGACCCUGAUCCAGAAGCUACAAGCGGGAAUCAGCUCCCAUGAGCACUUCAACAGCUGGAAUAAAGGCUUCAUAGUGCACCACUACGCUGGCAAGGUGUCCUAUGACGUGAGUGGCUUCUGUGAGAGGAACAGAGAUGUGCUCUUCAACGACAUCAUUGAGCUGAUGCAGAGCAGUGAAUUUGCCUUCAUAAAAACCCUUUUCCCAGAAAACCUAGAGGCAGAGAAAAAGGGCCGUCCUACCACCGCCAGUAGCAAGAUCAAGAAACAAGCCAACAACCUGGUCCAGACCCUGAUGAAGUGCACCCCCCACUACAUCCGCUGUAUCAAGCCCAACGAGACCAAGAAGCCUCGGGACUGGGAGGACACUCGGGCCAAACACCAGGUGGAGUACCUGGGCCUGCGGGAGAACAUCCGUGUGCGCCGCGCUGGGUACGCAUUCCGCCGAGCCUUCGCCAAGUUCCUGCACAGAUACGCCAUCCUGACCAGGGAGACAUGGCCCCGGUGGACAGGGGAGGAGAGGAAGGGGGUUCUCCACCUCCUCCACUCUGUCAACAUGGACCAGGACCAGUACCAGCUGGGAAAGACUAAGAUCUUCAUCAAGGCCCCCGAAUCAUUGUUCUUGCUGGAGGAGAUGAGGGAAAGGAAAUAUAACGGAUAUGCUCGGGCCAUCCAGAAGGCCUGGCGCAAACACAUCGCCGUCCGCAAGUACGUCAAGAUGAGAGAGGAAGCCUCAGACAUCCUACUGAAUAAGAAGGAGAGGAGGAGGAACAGCCUCAACAGGAACUUUGUGGGCGACUACAUCGGCACCGACAACCACCCCGAGAUCCGGCAGUUCGUGGGCCGCCGGGAGAAGAUCGAUUUUGCAGAUGUGGUUGCCAAAUAUGACCGCAGGUUUAGGACUGUGAAGCGGGACCUCAUCCUGACCCCUAAGUUCCUGUAUCUGAUUGGUCGGGAGAAGGUGAAGCAGGGACCAGAUAAGGGGCAGAUCCACGAGGUUCUGAAGAGACAGAUAGAAGUGGAGAAGAUUCAGUCAGUCUCUCUCAGCACCCUGCAGGAUGACUUCUUCAUCAUCCACGAGGAGCAUUACGACAGCGUCCUUCAGUGCAUCUUCAAGACGGAGUUCCUCAGUCUGCUCUACAAACGUUAUGAUGAGAAGACCCAGAGGAAGCUACCGCUCAAGUUCAACAACCUACUGGAGUUUAAGGUGAAGAAGGGAGGUUGGGGGCCGUUCUCAGCUGCUGGCUCCAGGCAGAUCCAGUUCCAGCUGGGCCAAGGAGAAGAGGCGGUUGUGAAGCCCAGCAGCAAGGUCCUCAUAGUCACCAUUGGACCCGGGCUCCCAAAGAACUCCAGACCGACCCGCAGGGACAACAGAAAAAGUCGCUACAUGGGAAACCAGACUCCAGGCUCAGGACAGCAGUCACAAGGCGCCCCCAGGGGCAGAGGCCGGGGUGGUGGUCAGCGGGGUGGGCCGCCCUCAUCCAGAGCGUCUAGGGUCUCUCUGCUCCGCCGGCAGUCCAGUAUGGAGCAGCCUACACUACCACGACAACAGAGGUCCGGGCAGACCAACAACCGCUCCAACAACCAGAGCCAGGCAGACACCGCUUUCAUGAACGUGCCUGACCAGGGAGUGGCUGGUAUUCAUCGUAGACGCUCGAAGGAGGUCAAGCCUUCCCCAGGAGCGGGCCGCCCCAAGCCUGCCCCCAAGCCCAAGCCUCGCUCCCCAGAAUGCCGAGCGCUGUAUGCUUACGACGCCCAGGACACUGAUGAGCUGAGCUUCAACGCGGAGGAUGUCAUUGAAAUCCUCACUGAAGAUCCAUCAGGCUGGUGGUACGGUCGUCUUCGCGGGAGGGAAGGCAUGUUUCCUGGGAAUUAUGUAAAGAAGAUUUAGGCUGGAGCGAUGAGGUACUUGUCUAAAGGUAGAAGAUCUAGACUGGAUCAAGGGACAUAUGAUCUAGAUUGGAGCGAUGAGGGACUUGUCCAAUGAGAGAAGAUCUAGACUGGAGCGAUGAGGGACAUGUCCAAUGAGAGCGAGGAGUCAGGUGGCAACAGUAGAAUUACAACCAUACCAAGUGCAUUACUACAGAGACAAAACAAAAAAGCAUAAUUAAAGCAUUUCUCCAUACCAUCUCUCUUUGGAGUCAGAGACAAGGGAAUGUGAUGAUUUUUGCCAAAGAUGGUUUGAAGUGCAAAUACUACUAACUUUUAUCAAUGGAUUUUAUCUAUUGUUUUAGCAUGGGAUAGAUUUUUUUUUUAAAGACUGAACAAAUAGAUGUUUUAUCCGGCAUCAUUUUAUAGCCAUUUACCUCGAGUGUUCAAAUAAAUCGUAGUUUUAUUUGCUCUUUCACAUUUGUUUAAUACAUAGGACCAAAUGGCCAUAAUAAUCUCAGUUCAGGUGGAGUUGGGAUAGAAUGGGUAAUUACAAAACAUUUUUGAGAAGAUAUAUAUUGUAAAAUAUAUAUUAGUUGUGUAUUUUAUGUGAUUCUCAACGUCUUAGGUAGAUAUUUCACAAUUCUAUAUCAGUGAAGAUUUGUAAGGCUGAGUUUACACAGCAGGCGCAAAUCUGAUGUUUUACCCAAUUAUCUGCAAAAGAGCUGAUCUGAUUGGUCAAAAGACCAAUUAAUGGGAAAAUAAUCAGAAUUGGGCUGCAUGUGUAAACCCAGCCUUACCGAUCUUCACUGAUAUAGAAUUGUGAAAUAUCUACCUAAGAUGACAAUGAACCAUUUAAGACUUUAACAGAGCCUACCAUUUCCCAUGUUUUAUAAUAGGCUACAUGUUAUUACCCAGAGAUAGGCUACAGUUGUCUGUCAAAAAAUAAAGAAAAGACAUUGAUUGUUUGUCAACAGUUGACGUGCAAGGUCAUCAUGAACAAGAAAUCAAAAUAAAGAAUGUAAACCAUCA